GGCUGCCGGGUCUGCCUCGGUUCUCCAGAAAUGGCUGGGCACCUCACGCACUCAAGUGGGGCAGCCCUGCCUCAAUUGGAGGUCCACUCUCCCCUCUCGGAGUAUCGCCACCGCCGCAGCAUCCGUACAGCUGCGCCUCAGACAUGUGGAUGGUCAUCGGCUGCAACUAAGACUAGUGCAUCACAUCUGGACAGUCUUGGACAACACAAGUUUUCAUUGUUAUAAUAUACACAGCAUG